GGUAAAUUUUGAUUUGUUUUAUUUCGCUUUUUAUCUGCCGACAAGAAAAAAAAACGAGGGACAUAAAGGGAGCACUGAGACACGGGCUUGUGACUUGUGACACCAAUUUUGGCUUUCUUUCUCUUCCUAUCGUUUCUGCUGUCAAGGCGGCCAUGGAUGUGUGCCGGAAUGUAUCAGUUUCCGGUGAGUGCAAGCAAGAACAGGUUCUCUCCCCUUCUUGCUCAAAGCUUUCUUCCUUAUCAACCAGCCUCGAUGACCUCUUCUCUGCUCAGAACACGGAGGUGGAUGUCGGAUUGGAGUGGCUGUCAGUGUUUGUGGAAGACUGCUUUUCCAGUCAAGCAAGCUGCCUCUUGGUACCUCCUGAUGUUCAUCAAGCUACAGCCACAACCUCCAAACCUUCAAAACCAUUGCAGAGACCCCACCAGAAUGAGUCUUCUCUACAAAAUUUUGCGGUGCCCGGAAAGGCCAGAAGCAAAAGGAAGAGGCUUUCAGCCCCGAGAGCCAAAGACCCUUUAAGCGUCUGGUCACACCAUUUAAACCCACAAAACGAAGCCAUAAGCUCAGACCCUCCUCUCCUCAAACAGACGUACUGGUUAGCAGACAGUGAACUCAUCGUCCCCGACAAGAAAGAAAAGGCAGAAGAAAGCAAAGAGGAGGAGGAAGAAGAAGAAGUAGAGGCGGAGAAGACGAUGAUGGUGAGGAAGGAGUCGUCGGAGAGUGAGGUCAGCAAUGGGCAAAAUCCAAUGCCAAGGAGGUGCAGUCACUGCUUGGCACAGAGGACCCCACAAUGGAGAGCAGGACCAUUGGGUCCGAAAACACUAUGCAAUGCAUGUGGGGUGAGGUACAAGUCUGGUAGGUUGUUGCCAGAGUAUAGACCAGCCAAGAGUCCAACUUUUGUGAGCUACUUGCACUCCAAUUCCCACAAGAAGGUCAUGGAGAUGAGGAUGUCCCUUGUUUCUUCUUCUUCCUCCGUUCCCAGGGAGCACCAGUGAUUACUCCAUGUAAAUCAAACUCAGCAAGUAUAGGGCACAAUAUAUAUUCUAGAAACAGAGAGGUUACUGGGGGAAUGGGGUGGUUGUUCAGCUGUUGGGUUAGACCUAGGAUUACAGACUUCUAUACAUAUUGAUUAGUAGCAUCCAUUUUCAGAUUUUCAUUACAUCUUUCUCCUCACAGCUAUGUGCAAUGCACUCUCAAAUAGUAUUUAUUCUUAUUCUCAGUACAAGGAUGUCUUAUCAUGAGCUGGGAUAGGUCCAACUUUGGUUCAAAGUUCAAA